ACAUCACUCAUGAAGAAUGGGCACUUUUGAAUCCUGCACAGAGGAAUCUCUACAAAGAUGUGAUGCUGGAGACCUAUAUGAACCUCACUGCUAUAGGGUACAAUUGGGAAGAUGUUGAAUUUGAAGAACAUUGUCAAAGUUCUCAAAAACAUGGAAGGAAUGAAAGAAGCCAUACAGGGGAGAAACCUUAUGAAUGUAAAGAAUGUGGUAAAGCCUUUGUACAGCCCAGUCAUCUUCAAGUACAUAAAAAAACACAUACUGGAGAGAAAUCCUAUGAAUGUAAUCAGUGUGGUAAAGCCUUUGCUCAAAACAGUGCUCUUCAAGUGCAUGAAAGAACGCAUACUGGAGAGAAACCCUAUGAAUGUAAACAAUGUGGUAAAGCCUUUGCACAGCCCAGUCAUCUUCAAGUACAUAAAAGAAAACAUACUGGAGAGAAACCCUAUGAAUGUAAUUAAUGUGAUAAAGCCUUUGCACAGCCCCAAAAUCUUUAUGUACAUGAAAUAAUACAUACAGCAGAGGUACUCUGUGAAUGUAAUCAGUGUGG